UAAAGCCCCUCACCACUCCCGAGCGUCCCGUCCAAGAGCAUUUAGGGUUCUACCCCGAUCUCGAUCUCUCUCUCUCUCUAGGCGAUCGCCAUGAAUGGCGAGGGGAGGCGGAGGGAGAGGUUCGGCGCCGCGAGGAACGCAUCGUCGAAGCAGAAGAUUCGCCUCGGCGCGGAGGAGGUCAUCGAGAGCAAGCUAGGGUUCGCCCUCUUCACCGAGGGCGAGAGAAGGCUCGGGUGGUUGCUAACGCUAGCUCCGUCGUCUUGGGAAGAUCAGGACACUGGGAAGAUCUACAGCUGCGUCGAUCUUUACUUUGUUUCCCAGGAUGGAUCCACAUUCAAAGUGAAGUACAAGUUCCGACCUUACUUUUAUGCUGCCUCGAAGGACAAUACGGAGUUGGAAGUCGAGGCAUAUCUCAGACGGCGGUAUGAAGGAAGAAUAACUGAUAUAGAGAUCGCGGAGAAGGAGGAUCUGGAUUUAAAAAACCAUCUCUCUGGUUUGCAUAGACAAUAUCUAAAGAUCCAGUUUGACACUGUCCAACAAUUGAUAUAUGUAAGGAAUGAACUACUGCAUGUUGUCGAAAGGAACCAAGCAAAGUUGGAUGCUGCAGAAGCAUUUGAAUCCAUUUACAAUGUAAAAAGCAGAGAAAGGCCACAAGAUUAUUUUGAUUGUAUAGUUGAUCUGCGUGAAUAUGAUGUUCCCUACCAUGUCCGCUUUGCUAUUGAUAAUGACAUUAGAUGCGGGAAGUGGUAUGAUGUUGGUGUAUCUAGUUCGGGUAUUUUGCUUGACGAAAGGGACGAUCUUCUUCAACGUGCAGAAGUUCAUGUUUGUGCAUUUGAUAUUGAAACAACCAAACUACCACUGAAGUUUCCAGAUGCUGAGUAUGAUCUGAUAAUGAUGAUAUCAUACAUGAUUGAUGGGCAAGGGUUCUUGAUAAUCAACAGAGAGUGUGUAGGGGAAGAUAUCGAGGAUUUGGAAUAUACCCCUAAACCAGAAUAUGAGGGGUACUUUAAAGUUAAGAAUGUGAAAAAUGAGGAAGAGCUACUUAAAGCAUGGUUUUCCCACAUGCAAGAGGUGAAGCCUGGUAUCUAUGUUACCUACAAUGGUGAUUUCUUUGAUUGGCCGUUCUUGGAGAAACGAGCUGCUCAUCACGGAAUUAAGAUGAGUGAGGAAAUAGGUUUCCAGCAUGACAGCAAUCAAGGAGAAUGCCGUGCUAAAUUUUCUUGCCAUCUUGAUUGUUUUGCUUGGGUCAAACGUGACAGUUAUCUUCCUCAAGGGAGCCAUGGCCUAAAGGCUGUUACAAAGGCUAAGUUGGGUUACAAUCCAUUGGAGGUGAAUCCUGAAGACAUGGUCCGCUUUGCCAUGGAACAGCCUCAGAAAAUGGCUUCUUAUUCUGUAUCAGAUGCUGUAGCAACGUACUACCUAUACAUGACAUAUGUUCAUCCAUUUAUUUUCUCUCUUGCAACUAUAAUACCUAUGCCGCCGGAUGAGGUCUUGAGGAAAGGAAGUGGAACACUUUGUGAAAUGCUUCUCAUGGUCCAGGCGUAUCAGGCAAAUGUUAUUUGUCCUAACAAGCACCAAGCUGAUCCGGAGAAGUUCUAUAACAACCGGCUUUUAGAAAGUGAGACAUAUAUUGGGGGCCAUGUAGAAUGUCUUGAAACUGGCGUCUUUAGAUCUGAUCUUCCUACAAAAUUUCAACUCGAUCCAUCUGCAUACGAGCAACUGAUCAGCAAUCUUGAUCGUGAUUUGCAAUAUGCAAUAACAGUAGAGGGGAAAAUGGAUGUUGAUUCUAUCUUGAACUAUGAGGAUGUGAAGAAUGCCAUAUUAGAUAAGCUCAUGUUAUUGCGGGAUCAUCCAACAAGGGAGGAGCACCCUCUCAUUUAUCAUCUAGAUGUUGCUGCUAUGUAUCCAAACAUUAUUUUAACGAACAGACUACAGCCACCAUCAAUUGUUACAGACGUCGUCUGUACUGCUUGCGAUUUUAACCGUCCAGGAAAGAAUUGCCUUAGAAAGCUUGAAUGGGUUUGGAGGGGGGAGACAUACAUGGGAAAAAAGAGUGAUUAUUAUCACAUAAAGAAACAAAUUGAGUCAGAGCUAGUAGACAGUGGUAACAGUGAGUCCUUGAAGCCCUUUCUUGACCUCUCAAAAUCAGACCAACAGUUGAAGUUGAAGGAACGGUUAAAAAAGUACUGCCAGAAGGCAUAUAAAAGGGUUCUUGACAAGCCAAUCACAGAACUUAGAGAGGCUGGAAUAUGCAUGCGUGAAAAUCCUUUCUAUGUGGACACAGUCCGAAGUUUCCGGGACAGGAGGUAUGAGUACAAAGGUCUUAAUAAGGUAUGGAAGGGAAAAUUAGCAGAGGCAAAAGCAAGUGGAAAUUCUAUAAAGAUUCAGGAAGCACAGGAUAUGGUUGUUCUCUAUGAUUCUCUACAGCUUGCUCACAAAUGCAUCUUGAAUUCCUUCUAUGGAUACGUCAUGCGCAAGGGUGCAAGAUGGUAUUCAAUGGAAAUGGCUGGGGUUGUAACCUAUACGGGUGCGAAGAUAAUACAAAAUGCACGUUUACUCGUUGAGAAGAUUGGAAGGCCACUUGAACUAGAUACAGAUGGCAUCUGGUGUGCUCUUCCUGGUUCUUUUCCUGAGAAUUUUACCUUUAAAACAAAAGAUGGAUAUAGAAAACUCACCAUCUCAUAUCCAUGUGUAAUGCUUAAUGUCGAUGUGGCAAGGAACAACACUAAUGACCAGUACCAGACACUUAAAGAUCCAGUUAAUAAGAUUUACACUACACACAGUGAAUGCUCCAUAGAAUUUGAAGUUGAUGGGCCAUACAAGGCAAUGAUACUCCCAGCUUCAAAGGAAGAAGGAAUUUUAAUUAAGAAGAGGUAUGCUGUUUUUAAUGAAGAUGGCACCCUCGCAGAGCUCAAAGGCUUUGAGAUCAAACGUAGAGGUGAGCUGAAGCUUAUAAAGGUUUUCCAGGCAGAGGUUUUUGACAAAUUUCUCCAUGGGUCGACCUUAGAGGAAUGCUAUGCGGCUGUGGCAUCUGUUGCAAACUGCUGGCUAGAUCUUUUGGAUAAUCAAGGAAUUGAUAUCGCCGAUGGUGAGUUGCUUGAUUACAUCUCAGAAUCAAGCACAAUGAGUAAGUCUUUAGUUGAUUAUGGAGAGCAAAAGUCAUGUGCUGUAACCACAGCAAGGAGGCUUGCUGAUUUUCUUGGGGAUGCUAUGGUGAAAGACAAAGGACUGCAUUGCCAAUAUAUUGUUGCUCGAGAGCCACAGGGCACUCCAGUAAGCGAACGUGCUGUCCCUGUUGCCAUAUUUGAAACAGAUGCUGAAAUUGCAAAGCACUAUCUACGAAAAUGGUGCAAAAUUUCAUCAGAUGCAGGCAUUCGAUCUAUAAUUGAUUGGUCCUAUUACAAGCAGCGUCUUAGUUCAGCUAUUCAGAAGAUCAUCACAAUUCCUGCUGCAAUGCAGAAGGUUUCUAACCCUGUUCCUAGAGUGGCCCAUCCUGAUUGGCUGCACAAGAAGGUCCGUGAGAAAGAGGACCGAUUUCGGCAGCGUAAACUUGUUGACAUCUUCAGUAUCUUGAGCAAAGAUGCAGCAAUGCAAAACGAGAAAGAUCUCGGAGAUGUCGAAGACUUAGUCACCUCAAAGGCUCCUUCAAGAAAAGGGCAUAGGCCUAUAGUUCAUAGUUAUGAAAUAAAUAAAGAAAACUAUCCAACUAAACAAUCUUUUAUGGGAGCUGAGCAGCAGCAAAAUGGUGCUGCGUGCAGGUCAAAUGAACCACUCAUGUCGCUGAAGAAAAGCAAUGCCUCUGCCGAAGUUAUUGACAGAAAUAUUGAUUAUCAAGGAUGGCUUGAUGUUAAAAAGAGAAAAUGGAGAGAAACCCGUGAGCAAAAGAAGAGACGCAGAAUAGGUUUUGGUGAUUCAAAGUUAUCUGCCUCCAUGUUCAAUCGUACACAUGACAAGGGUAGGAAUCGUUUUACUUCAUUUUUCAAGAGCCAUGAGUUGGCUCUUGUUAGAUCCCAUUGGCAGAUAAUACAAAUUGUUGCAACCCAACAGCCUGGGCUCUUUUUUGCAUGGGUUGUUGCAGACGGGUUGAUGGUCAAGGUCCCAAUGAAUGUCCCAAGGGUGUUCUAUCUCAACACCAGAGCACCUAUUACAGAAGAAUUUCCUGGAAGACGUGUUAAAAAGAUUCUUCCUCAUAGAAAACCUUGUUAUAAUCUCAUUGAGGUAGUAAUAAAUGAAGAUCAAUUCAGGGCUGAAAGCAAGAAGCUUGCAGCUCACUUGGCAGACCCGGAAGUUGAGGGAAUAUAUGAAACAAAGAUAUCACUAGAGUUCAAUGCAAUCCUUCAGAUUGGCUGUGUGUGCAAGGUGAAAAAAACUGCAAAAGUCCGAAAUGUUCAUGAUGUAUGGAAUCUGACUGAGCUGCAGAUGAAGACUACAGCUGAAUACUCUUAUCUGGAACACGCAAUUUCCUUUUUCUAUCUGUACCACAGCUCAUCUGAUGGAAGGGCUAUCUAUGUUCUAUACUUUCCUGUCACUUUGACAAUAUAUGCCGUUGUUAUUAAUCCUUUCCAAAAUAAAGAAUUGUCUUCAGCACUUCUUGAGAAGCAAUUCCGUGAAGCUUGCCAGAUGAUGUCCCUUGAACCUCCACAACGUGGAAAUGCUACAUUCAAGGUUGAAUACUUCAGAUUGAAUGAUGCUGGUAUUAAGUUUUUGCAAAAGACUUUAACUGACUACAGGCAUCAGCAUCCUGGACCUGCUAUUGGUGUCAUAGAAUGUCCGAACAUUCAAGUUAUAACAUCAGCGAUACGAGCUUUGGAUGACUUUCCAUAUGUUGGCAUUCCUUGCAAUACUCGGGACAGCAAUUAUCAGGCUCUUGGCUGGCAAGUCACAGCCGGCAAAACAAGUAUGCAAAGGUGUGCUGCAUCAUCCCAGUGGUUCAAUGAACGAAUUAUGUUGUCUAGAUAUGCACAUGUGCCUCUGGGAAACUUUGAACUCGACUGGCUUCUGUAUACUGCUGACGUCUUUUUCUCUAGGGCAUUAAGAGAUCAGCAGCAGAUUCUUUGGAUAUCUGAUGAUGGCAUUCCAGACAUAGGAGGCAUAUAUCAGGGAGAUACUUGCUUUGCUGAUGAAGUCAACCAACCAGCUCUUACUUAUCCCGGGGCCUAUAGAAGGGUGGCAGUUGAACUGAAGAUACAUCACUUGGCUGUUAAUGCUCUCUUGAAAAGCAGCCAAGUGGAUGAACUAGAAGGCGGAACUCUUUUUGGAUAUGACCAUGACACGCCUCAUGCUACUGAAACUGAUUUUGACAAUGCUAGUUCUUGUGCACCUGCAUUUCAAGUACUAAAGCAACUAAUACAGAGAUGUAUCUCAGAUGCAGUAACUUCUGGAAAUGUGUUUGCUGAUGCAAUACUUCAGCAUCUUUACCGCUGGCUUUGCAGCCCACUGUCAAAACUACAUGACCCCUCUCUUCAUCAAGUUCUGUACAAUGUCAUGAGAAAGGUGUUCGCUUUACUUCUAGCAGAGCUUCGAAAGUUAGGUGCUACAAUUAUCUUUGCAAGCUUCUCUAGGAUUAUUAUAGACACAGGGAAGAUAGACUUGCCAGCGGCUCAUGCUUACUGUGAUUGCUUACUGAAAACAUUACAAACAAGGGAUCUUUUUGAGUGGAUUGAGCUGGAACCUCUGCACUACUGGCAUGCAUUACUGUUCAUGGAUCAGUAUAACUACGGAGGAAUCCAGGCUAAAACCCCGACUGGUCCUGCUGACAAUGUUGCUGAUAGAUCUCAAGUGGACAUUGUUUCUAGCUGGAAUAUAGCAGAGUAUUUGCCCAAAGCCACUCAGGAUCAUUUUGUCUUGAUUGUAUCCGAAUUCUUGUAUAUCCCUUGGAAAUUCUUAGACGAACAAGUUGCCGCUCGGACCACUUUAAUUGAUGGCAGCAGUUGUACUCCAUCAAUCACUGUUACAGCUGCUGAGACUCUUGAAGCUUCUGUCACGGGAUAUCUUAAAGACCAGAUCAGCAAUUACUUUACCGAGAAGCUUCUCAGGAUUGUAUGUGAUAUACUUCACCACUUCAAGGGAAAGAACAAAAUGGAGGGCGAUGAAACUUCAAAUCCUGGUUCAUCUAAACCGCUCGAUUCCCAAGUACAUAAAGGAGAUGCUGCACUAGAGUUUAUCAAGCACGUUUGUGCUGUUCUUGCUCUCGACCAGAAUGUACAACAUGAUAUUCUGAGGAUGAGGAAGAAUCUGUUGAAAUUGGUUCGGGUGAAAGAGUUUGCUCCAGAAGCACAGUUUCGUGACCCCUGCCCAUCAUUCACUCUUCCCAAUGUGAUUUGUAGUUAUUGCAACGACUGUCGCGACCUCGAUCUCUGCCGUGACCCGACUCUGCUAGAUCAGGAGUGGCGGUGUGCGGUCCCGCAAUGCGGGCAACCGUACGACCGCGAGCAGAUGGAGAACACGCUCCUCCAGAUAGUUCGCCAGAGAGAGCGGCUUUACCACCUUCAGGACCUGGUCUGCGUCCGUUGCAGGCAGGUCAAGGCGGCGCACUUGGCAGACCAGUGUGUGUGCGGUGGCUCCUUCAGAUGUACGGAGGAUGCUUUUGAGUUCCUCAACAAAAUGCGGGUCUUUUUGAAUGUUGCGAACCACCAAGGGUUCCGCCUGCUGCAAGACUGCACAUCAUGGAUUUUAGAAGUCAGAUGAUUUAUUCAUUUAUUUAUUCUUUGUGGGCCACGUGAAUCAGAAUGUUGUGGCCGACCAAGAAAAAACGUAUCAGAUUUCUAACACUAACUGAAGAAACAGAAAUUAUCAAAUUGAACAUUUUGGCUUUUGUAUGUAAUCCCAUUCCUAUUGAGAAUUAUUGCAGGCCUUAGGUUUCCAUGCAAUAAUGUGUUAUAUACGUGUAAUUAUAAUAAUGCUAUUACGUGUAAGCAAAUAUAAUGCAUGGGAAUCAGUUUCAAGCUUU